AUGGGGGUUGCCCGGACACAGGGCGUUCACGGCACGGGAUUCGAAGCCGGUGCAGUGCAAGACCUUAGAGGGUAUGAAAGAUAUACAAGAGCACGCUCACUGUUACCACUACUGACGACCCCCCAUACGAUGACCACACCGGCGAACCUGUACCCUGGACUGAACGAUCUGGCGGAUGUGCUGGAGGAGUACCCUGUCGAGGUGUCGAAGUACCUUACGUUGCUGCACGAGAUCGAUGCGAAGUGCGUUCACUCCAUGCCCGCUUUGAUCGACCAGAUUGACAAGUUCUUGGACGGAGACGGGCAGAGCCCCGCGGGGGGAGACCCUGGAAGCCACCACGCUGGCCCCCUGGGGAUCAACGCGCUGUUUGAGGAACUGAUGCCCUCGCUGGAGGAGAAGAUGCACGUGUCGUCGAUCAUGGUGGAGGCGCUCGGGAAGUUGAGCCGUCGGCUUGAGCUCGCCUAUGAAGUGGCGUUGCAGAACGAGGAGGUCCCCGCGCAACUGCGCUUGGGGGCAGGGAACCACCCGGCGAUGCACUUGCAUCACGAACUCAUGAGCAAAGUGGAGCUCAACAGGCCGGGCAAAUCCACACAGGCCCUCCGCAGCGAGUCCCGGAGAGAGGCCAUGGCUGCGAACAAGAAGGCUACACCGGCAGGCGCAGCGGCUGCACCUGGGGAUUACGCGGAGGUGGAUUCGAUGGCGAGGCACGACCCGCCGGUCGAUGACACGGGUGCACCCAAACGCAAGAGAAAGAGAGUUGGUCUGACGACAGUGGCACCCGCAGAGGCGACGGCAGUGACCCCUGCAGUGGCCACGGCUGUGGUCACAACUGCUGCUACCCAUGUCCCUACAAAAGUGUACCGCAACAGCGCUGGCGAGCGCACGAACGAGUACGGCGAGCCCGUGUACUGCUACUGCAACCAGGUCGCGUACGGCGAGAUGGUCGGCUGCGACGGCGAGCACUGCGAGCUCGAGUGGUUCCACCUGCCGUGCAUCGGCCUCGAGACGCUGCCCCGGGGCAAGUGGUAUUGUGAAGAAUGCAGUGCAAAACGCUAA